ACCAGGCCCAGUCACGGUUGCUAGGCGACGAGAGCGAGGGAGGCCGCGGCCUACUCGGCGUUAUCCGUCGCGGCAGGAAGCUGUGAAGAGGAAUAGAAUUCUUGGUGCUGAAAGAGCUUGGAGUUAAUCUAGCAUUAGAUGCAAAAAAACAACAACCCUGCAAGUCGUCUCCAAGAGGAGAAAACCUUUAGCAUGUACUGCCUUAAACUACAGGUUAUCCUUGUUGACAUUUGAUGAUGGGGGACGUGCUUGCUUAUGAAGCAGAGCUACUGGGAAUGGUCAAAGAGUAUUUGGAUUUUGCGGAAUUUGAAGACACGGUGAAAACAUUUACCAAAGAAUGCAAAAUAAAAGGGAAACCCCUCCCCAAAACUAGAAGCAAUUCUGCUAAAGACUCCAAGGCUCUAAUCAUUCAGGAUCUGCUGAUGUCCUUUAGUGAUGGAGACCAGGACGUCUUCUUUGAACUAUGGGAAGAGCGCAUCCCUUCCUCCGUCCGAGAGCAAGAAGCUGUGGCUCAGAAGCUGGAGUUCUACCUUCACAUCCACUUUGCCAUCUUCCUGCUGAAGCACGCCGUGGGGAAGCCCGAUAAAGCAGCGUUGGACGAAAGGAUUGCGUAUUUCAAAACCUACCUGGAGACCAAAGGGGCCGCUUUGAGCCAGACAACGGAAUUCCUGCCUUUCUACGCCCUGCCGUUCGUGCCCAACCCUAUGAUCCACCCGUCUUUCAAAGAGCUUUUCCAGGAUUCUUGGGAAUCUGAUCUGAAAACGAGACUGGAAGAAUUUCUGUCUGCAACACUUAAAGCCAGUGACAGCCCGCGGCUUCUGACCUUAUAUAAAGAGAACACGCAGUGCAGCCAAGAAACGUUGCAGCAGCUCCACCAACAGCUGGUAGAAUCCGAACGCAAGACCAUGACCUACCUGAAGCGCUUUAACAAAAUCCAGGCUGAUUAUCACAACCUCAUUGGCGUCACAGCUGAGCUGGUGGAUUCUCUGGAGGCCACCGUCAAUGGCAAGAUGAUCACCCCGGAAGACCUGCAAAGCGUCUGCAUGCGUCUCUUUAGCAAUCAGAUGAAGCAAAGCGUCCCACACAGCAUCGACUUCACCAGGCCCGGAACUGAAUAUGGCUGUAUGAGGCCCUGUAAGGAUGAAUAUGCUUCCACAAUGUUAAGAGCAUCCUUGGUCCCUGUGAAAGUGCAGGAGGUGCCCCUCCUGCCAUCUUUGGAUUAUGAAAAGUUAAAGAAGGACCUGAUCGAUGGAAGUGACCGCCUCAAGGCUUUCUUGCUACAGGCCCUACGCUGGCGUUUGACAACCUCCCACCCGGGGGAGCAGCGGGACACCGUUCUGCAGGCCUACAUCAACAAUGAUCUCUUGGACUGCUACAGCAACGGCCAGAGAAGCGUCUUAAUGCUGAUCCAGUCCAAGUGCGAGGUUGUUCGCCAGUACACCGCCAGGCUCAUCAAUGGCUUUGCCUCCCUGGCUGAAGGCCGUCUCUACCUUUCCCAGAAUCCCCGCUUGCUCCGCAUGCUGGAAGGACGGUUGAAAGCGGAAGAUAAGUUCUCCCUUACCCGGGAAAACGUCCUGGGAGCUCUGCAGAAACUCAGCCUCAGGCGGGCUUUGCAGUCGACCAUGAUUAAGGAUGGGCUCAUACCAUGGUUGGUGGAGGCCCUGAAGGAUACGGACUCCAUGUCUGAUUACACCCUGGCUUAUUCAGUCGCUUUGCUCAUGAACCUCUGCCUUCGGAGCUCAGGGAAGAAGAUGUGUGUGAAAAUUGCAAACGAGAUUCUCAAAGUUCUCUCGGAUCUCCUUGGCCACGAGAACCACGAGAUUCAUCCUUACGUAAAUGGAGCCCUUUAUAGUAUCCUUGCUAUUCCGUCCAUAAGAGACGAAGCUCGAGCAAUGGAAAUGGAAGACAUUCUCCGAUGCUACAUCGAGGAAGGAAAUGCCGAUAUGAUCCAGCAGAUUGAGUUUAUUAUCAAGCAGCUGCAAUCAGAAGAGCCUCAGGACGAUAGCGCAGAGUCUGACGAUGAGGAGAAGGAAGAUAAUGCUGAAGAGGACCACAAUGGCAUGGAGGCCGAUUUGGACAAAGAUGAAGUGUUACAAGCCCAACAGGGUGAACUUUCCGGAGAAAAACUCUUGACCACUGAAUAUUUGGGAAUCAUGACCAACACGCCAAAAGCACGGAAGAAGGCCAUGCCCAGCCUCCGUCACAGUGUGGACGAGCCUCUUCAGAGACCCGUGACCCCUGGCUACCACAGGGCCCAUUACCCAACGUUGGAAAACGAAGGUACGUCUCCCAGCAGCAAAGAGAUAUACGCUCCACGGUGCUCAAAUUCCCGGCCUCCGACACGCAGCGGGAAGAGGCCCAGCUCUCUUUCGGAGGUCCCGUUCUCCUCGACGUUUGAAAGUGAAGCUUCUGGAAGAUCUUCGAUGCACCAUGGAGCUGACCCAGAAGUCCAGUCAGUCGCUGAAGUUCUGAUUCUUCACUCCCCCGGUUCUUCCCAAGACAGUGUAAGCAGCUGGCCAAACAGCCAAUUCCACCCAGGUUUUGCCAGCAAAACCAAACUGCCCUGCGCCUCAGAUUUCCAGAACCUCCGGCCCGGCAGAGGAAAGCUCCCGUCCAUCGCCCCCCAGUUCUGCCCUUCCGGACCUCCCCCAUGCCUUCGCUCCAACUCUUCGGACUCAACGCGAAACAAGCAAAGCAGCCAUUCUUCUAGGAGGUGAGGAUGGCACUUUUCCUCAAGAGCCCCCCACCCGAAGACAGCCACAAUCAGCGGGGUGUAACGGGAACCCUGGCAUCUUCCUGGCACCCCGCUAGACAAAGCCGGAGAUGAGCGCUUCAUGCCGACACUCUACACCUCGUGGCUCAGAGUCUAUCUGAUAGGAUGUGGGGGGGGGGGUGUUUUCGGACUUGGUCGAAAGACGGGUUUCUUUUCUGGAACCAGAGAAAUAGGUCUGAAAUAUCCACAGCCUUUGUGGCCUGAAAACGACAAACUAGCCUCCGUCCUCUCGUGAAACGCCGAAGAAAGCCCAGCUGAGCUUCACAGCGUUCCAUGUGGAAUGGAGAAUGCAGCUGUGGGUCUCUUUAAGCCAUUAUUGGCCAUGAUUCAAGGUUUAAUAAUAAUAAUAAUAUUUUAAUUUUUAUACCGCCCUUCUCCCGAAGGACUCAGGGCAGUGAACAGCCAAGUAAAAACAAUACAAUAUAUUACAAUAAAAACUAUUUAAAAAACUUAUUCAAUGUGGCCUAAAUUUAAAUAUAAAAUACAUAAUAUAAAAUAACCCCAUUUAAAACCGAAUUAAAAACCCCUAUCAAGCCAGUCCUAGCAGAACCUUCUGGGGACCCUGAUUGGUGAGACAAGGAUAUGAAUUAGCUGCUGUUCAAAGAAUUUGAAGGACUUUGAAGAGACAUCUAGAACAGGGGUCUCCAACCUUGGCCACUUGAAGACUUGUGGACUUCA